UUUCUCCCCCAUGAAGUACUAUAUAUUCCUCGCCAGCCUCCACCGUUCCUCCCUUCACACCCUCUCUCUCUCUCUCUCUUUCUCUCUCCUUCGCCUCGGUGACUUCCGACGCGACCAGGACGCAGAGGUUCUUAAUUACAAGGCAUAAUGGCUGAUCAGCACCGGCACCCGCACCCAACUGUCAUUCAGAAGGUAGCUGGCCAGCUACGUCUCAAUUCCAAUGCUCAAAUGUGCUAUGGAGGUUAUCAAAAGCCUGCUCUUUACCAGAGACGAUUUUCAUAUGGAAAUUACUCUAGUGCAUCAUUGCAGUAUCCCAUGACACAAACAUGCCGAGCGACCCAAGAUCUAUCAUUGGUUGCUGCAAAUGCUUCACCAGUGUUUGUCCAAGCUCCCUCAGAGAAAGGCUUUGCAGGCUUUGCCAUUGAUUUUCUCAUGGGUGGAGUUUCAGCUGCUGUGUCAAAAACUGCUGCUGCUCCAAUUGAGCGUGUGAAACUUUUGAUCCAAAACCAGGAUGAGAUGAUCAAAACUGGUCGGCUUGCUCAACCCUACAAGGGAAUUGGGGAAUGUUUCAAUCGGACAAUUCAAGAGGAAGGAUUUGGAUCUUUGUGGAGAGGGAACACUGCUAAUGUCAUCCGUUAUUUUCCCACUCAGGCUUUGAACUUUGCGUUCAAGGAUUACUUUAAGAGUCUUUUCAACUUCAAGAAAGACCGUGAUGGCUACUGGAAAUGGUUUGCUGGUAACCUGGCAUCUGGUGGUGCUGCUGGUGCUUCUUCCCUUCUCUUUGUCUAUUCACUGGAUUAUGCUCGAACCCGUCUUGCUAACGAUGCCAAGGCUGCAAAGAAGGGAGGAGAGAGGCAGUUCAAUGGCUUGAUUGAUGUCUACAGGAAGACACUUAAAUCAGAUGGUAUUGCUGGCCUUUACCGUGGAUUCAACAUUUCAUGUGUUGGCAUUAUUGUAUACCGUGGUUUGUACUUCGGAAUGUAUGACUCUUUGAAGCCAGUGCUCCUCACUGGGAAAAUGCAGGAUAGUUUCUUUGCUAGCUUUGCUCUUGGUUGGGUCAUUACAAAUGGUGCUGGCCUUGCUUCGUACCCAAUUGACACAGUCCGGAGAAGAAUGAUGAUGACUUCUGGCGAAGCUGUGAAGUACAAGAGCUCACUCGAUGCGUUCUCUCAAAUCCUUAAGAACGAGGGUGCCAAGUCUUUGUUCAAGGGUGCUGGUGCUAAUAUCCUCCGUGCAAUUGCUGGUGCUGGUGUGCUUGCUGGUUACGACAAGCUUCAGAUGAUUGUGCUUGGAAAGAAGUAUGGUUCUGGCGGAGCCUAAUUCAGAUCAUUAACCUUGCUCGCUGUUUUAAGGUCAUAUAGAUGGUGAUGAAAAUCCUUUUGCAGUUAAGUUUGAGAAUUUAUGCAACACUAUUUUUACUCCACAUUUGAGUAACCAUAUUUAAGGGGUUUAUCUCCCAAACAUUUGUCCUUUUUUUUUUGACAGGAAUUUUUUGUUUCAUGAUGAUUUGAGAGUCUCCAAUUGCGUGACAUGGAUAUGAAUAGUUUUGCAAGAAAAUCAUUUCGGUUAUAAUUCUGUACCCCAUUAAAUUUGGAGGAUCUCUUUCUUGCUUUUUACUGAAUACCUUUGUUCGAAGGUUCUUUUUUAUUUAUUUUA